CUUACGUGCCCGAAUAUCAAUAGCGACAUACAUACAUACAUACCAACGACAACCAAUCAUACAACAAUAGAUCAUACACAACAAUCAUAGGACAGCAAUCAUACUAGUCAUUUCCAUAUAUAAACCUGACUAGUUUCACGUAGCUAGGUCGCCAACGCUACAAGCAUAUCAUAUUUAAAUUCCGCCACCAGAUGCAACACACCCUGGUGCAAGUCUGUGAGGCGAGUAUUUAGCCACUUUCGUCGAGGUGUAUGUAAAUAGUGGGAUUUGGGAGCCACAAUACGCCUGGAAAUACUCAAUUUGGGCAUAGUAAGAUUUGGUUUGUGGAUAUAAAUACUCAAAUACACUUAAAACAUUUACACACCAUAAAGAUCCCUUGUCUAUACCUAGACAUCGGUAACUGUAAUUUUAUAAACAACGAUUCAUAGAUACAAAUAUCCCAUCAAGGACAAUACCAGUGUUGUGAUAUACAAGUGUUUCGAUACGAGACUGUAUCUGUUGUUCUAUAUAUAUUCAGGUAUAUCCUACAAACGACAAUACAUGGACAAACCACCGAGAUAAUCUCACACUGAACUACACAAUCAUGGCUGCUGUGUGUCUUAAGAAUGUCACUCCGACAGCCAACCCGGCACCUUUCAACUCCAUGUUUCAAUUUGAAAUCACAUUCGAGUGCUGCAAAGAUAUAAAAGAUGAUCUGGAAUUCAAAAUUAUAUAUGUGGGGAGCGCCGAAAGCGAGAACUACGAUCAAGAAUUAGACAGCAUUCUGGUGGGACCUGUGCCGGUGGGCGUCAGUAAAUUCACAUUCCAGGCUCCUCCUCCAGUGGUAUCCAACAUUCCGUCGGACAGCUUAGUUGGCGUGACGGUGGUAUUACUGUCAUGUAGUUACAAGGAGCAAGAGUUUGUGCGUGUGGGCUACUACGUACACAAUGACUACACAGACGCAGAGCUUCAAGAGAAUCCGCCGGAAAUACCCGAUCACUCUAAGCUAGGAAGAAAUAUACUCACAUCAAAACCUUGCGUCACUCGAUUCGAUAUAAAUUGGGACUAGGCCGACCAAGAAGCAAUAUCAAGUAAAUAAUAUAAAAUGUAGAUUCAUCUUUCCCAUCAAGGGUCGUG